CAGCCCCUCAGAAUCUGAAAAGCAUCACAGGAGCCUCUGGAUAAAGACCAGCUUCAGGAGCAAGGCUAGGAGACAGAGGAUUUCUGCUCAGUGAUAAAACAUGAAACAGAUGUGAGGAAGCAGUAUGGAGCUCAAGAGAGGGAAGACCUUCAUAAAAUCCAGUGUGCAACAUGAGAAAGUGCCACCAGUGCAUACAGCUCCUACCAACAACAAAGAUGAGAUGGGCAAAGACAAAAAGGCAGCUCUGGAGGGAAACCAAAGUGUGGCUGAGGUCCAGCUGGCAUGUUUGGCCACACACAAGAACUACAGAUUUUCUACCAGAGCAGCAAGGAAUGGAGCUGGUGGUCACAACCUGGAAAAAUCAUCUAGCUCCUCCUACAAGCUCGUGAGGAAGAGCAAAACCCAUGACUGUGUUGCUGAGGCAGACAAAGCAGAGCACUGCAGCCCCAGCAGCAGGGCUUGCGAGGAGGGUUUUUCUGCAAAGGGCAAGGGCAGGCUCGUCAAUAGCAUCAGCUUUUCAGGGAUGUCCAGCUCCAGCAGUAAGAAGGAGUGUGUGGUCAGCCCCAGCCAGUCUGCAUGCAGCAGUCAGAUGAUCGAUUACAGGAAUUUUGUGCCACAGAUGCCUUUUGUACCAGCUGUCGCAAAAACCAUUCCCAGGAAGAGGAUUUCCCUCAAGAGAUCUAAGAAAGGGCUCAGAGAUAUAUUUCAUAUAAGAAAAAAUAAACCGGACAGCCUCUCAUUUCUGGUGGAGAAGGACAAGAACCUGUCCUCUCCAGGCUGCAAGAGUGAAUUGUCUGGACGUCUUGCAAAGUAUCUUUUCAAAACAGGAGAAACCUGUGCAGCUGAUUGCUUGUCCCAGGACUGCUCAGACAGUGAACUGCAGUCUGACUCCUCCUACGACUACUGCAACGCCCUGUGUGAAGAUGUUGCCUCCCUGAAGAGCUUUGACUCCCUCACCGGCUGUGGGGAGAUCUUUGCUGAUGAGAGCUCUGCUCACCUGGAGCUGGAGAACAGCAAAGACCUUCUGCUGAGGCGAGGCAAGCACAAAGACAGCCCUGGCGUGGGCUCCUUCCAAGGCGGGGUGGAGCAGCUUGCCUCUCCUGGCCACAAUGAGACAGUGGAAUUUGCAAAGUUUUGGGACAACAUCAACAAAUCAGUAAGGCUGCAUCAGAGUGCUCUGUUUGAAAAGAAGUUGCUGAAGAUACCCAGUUCUGACACAGAAAAGGAUAGGAGUCAGGCUGCUCUGCUGGUCACAGACCCCCAGGUGUCACCUGAUAAAGAAGGGGACAAUUCCAAAGACAGCUCUACAGAAACAGAAACACCGAAAAGUGAAAACCAGGAAUCUACUUCCACGAGUGAUGAAGGCUACUAUGAUUCAUUCUCUCCUGGACAGGAUGAUGAGCUGAAGGAAGCUCAGACCCCUGGUGUCCCAGGUAGGUUUCCAAGAGACAGCUACAGUGGAGAUGCCCUUUAUGAGCUCUUCUAUGACCCAAACGAAGUCAAAGUAAACCCUAUCCUUGAUGAUGACUUGUGUGCCUCUGAAAGUGUUUCAGAGCAAGCCAUAGAAAUCCCUUUGUCCAUUUACAGCUUUCAUGUUGGAGCUGAGGAGAACAUGGCUUCCCAGCCAACUCUAGACAUCAUCAGCCAGGGUUUUUUCCACAGCACAUGGAAAGGCAAAGAAUGUUUGCUAAAGCUCUGCGACACUGAGCUUUCAUUGACCAUGGGGAUAAUAAACUGGCUGCGGAAACACUCGGGACUCAUCUCCUCCCCUGACUCUCUUCCGAGUCCUCAAUCACAGCCAGAAAAGUCUAAUGAUUCAUUGAUCCUGCCCAGUCACAGUCCAAGGCAGAAAGGGAGCACAGAAGCUCAGCAGGAGACACCAGGCAAGGGAGAAUCUAAUACUUUUAAUGAAUGUGUGCCUUUGGAGGAAAACAAACAGGCAACCCAGGCCUUUUCAGUAAACAUUGCUGGAAGAGACCAUAGCCUGGACUCCUGCCUGAGCACAUCUGAUCUGGAUUGCCAAGGAAGAGAAGGGAGUCACCAGAAGGACUUAUCUACAGUGUCUGGGACUGUGGAAACCACCAGAUCAUCAAGUUAUGCACCACAAUCACAGGUUAACAGAGACAAUCUGCAGACGUCUUCAGCUGAGAAUGAGAAGGUAGCAGUUUCAUUGGGAUGUGAGGCAUCCAGAGAUAAAAACCCACUGCCAGAAAAGCUGAACAGAGAGAGUGGCUCCCAGAGCUCUGAAAAUCCUUUGUUAGAUGAUAAUCACGAAGUAGAAUCAUGUUACUCCUACAAGACUGCUGCGACCUCACUGCGAGAUCCCCUUGAGAGGGAAGACAGAAAUAAACCAAUGCAUCACACUCUCUCCAUUUCUUGUGACAAACCACCACAGCCUCUAACCCUCAGUCACCUCCAGAGCUACAUGAGCUCCACACCAACAGAGAGCAGCACUAACAUAGUGCAGCUCUUGGAGCACUGUGUGACACAGGUGGCAUCGUUAAAAAUCAGCUAUGAAAACAAGCACCUGGAAGACAAAUACAUCGGGAAUGAAAUGAACAGUAUCCUUCACAAGAUGUCUCAGUACAAAAACAAAUUAUUGUUGCAAAAUGAAUGCAGCUGCAUUGCUCAAAUUCCAGAAUGUCCCAGUAUUCCUAGCACAAACCAAUACAGCUAUGAAACAAGUUUCCAGUCUACCAACCUGUAUAAUUUGAAGCAAAAUGGGGAACAAAUUUGCUCUGAAGAUCAGAAAAGUGGAGCAAAAAUCCUAGAUGAGGUUACUCAAAGCAAGAUGAAUUUUGAAUAUGCCCAGCUGAACAAUCAAGCACUCUCCUAUUUAAAGGACUUUGGUCUCAGUCCUAGUGACUCUGGCCCUGAGACAUCUCUUAGCAGACCAACAUUUUUACCUCUCUUUAACUCUGUCUGCCCAGACAUAGCUGGUCCCUUCUCGCAGGGCUCACACAGCACGGCUGUCUGUCUGUCCGACUCGCUGCAGCUGGAGGAGGCCAAACAGUGCAGCCCAGGGCCCUGGAGCUGUGCAGAGAGACCCUGCCAUGGCCUGGCUGCAGGGACUGCUCUGUCCCCUCUCCUAGAGGCAGUGGCCUGGGAUACAGCAGUGACAGCCAGGAACCACCAGUGACACACCUGCAUGGAGAAGGUGCAGCGCUGAAGAAUCUGUUUGUAGAUAUGGAUGCACCCCCAACACAGCAUAGCAUGACAGUUCCAUGAUGUUAUACCAAGACCAGGAUCAACAAGGAUUUCUCUCUGGAGUUCUCACCAGAGUGUUGCAGCAGAAAAUCAUGCCAGGCUGUUGGAAUGACAGGCAUAGUUAGGAGUUCUGGACAACCACACACCCAUGAAGCCACAGUUGCAGAUGGCUGGUAACUAAUACUCCUUUUUAAAAACAAAACCAAACCCAAAUUCAGUAGGAUUUGGAAAAAUAUCAUGCCAUGAUAAGGUUUAAGAAAAAAAUUACAGCAUGUUUCUGUCCCAUUGUGCCACACAACAGUUGAAAAUAUCACUAUGUUUUAAAACACCGGUAUGUGCAGAAUGAGCUUUCAUUUGGGAAGCUGUUAUGAGGAGGUAAAAUUGUUUUCUGUUGUACUAAUUUUUCUUUAAUUUUAGAGAAGAGCUUUAAAUAUUUUAUGGCAAUAAAGCCACAAGGUUCUGAUUACACUGGUAUGGCAAGACUUAGUGCCUAGGAGAAGGUAUUUUUUAAACAAAAAUAUCAGAAAGCUGAAUAUAGUACACCCUAUAUGGUCUAAAGACAUGUGCCUAUCAUAGCAGAAAUUGUGAGUAGAAUAAUGAGUAAUAUAUGAAAAUCACCAUCAAAAAUUAAUUGAUUUCAUUUUAAAGGAGAGAAAACAUGCUUUUAAUAUCCAUGAUAACAAGCUGCACUUAACCUUAUAUGAAGUCUUCCUUUUCUAAUUGAAAAACUGUUCUCAAAGUACUAGAUAAGAUACACUGUUAAACCAGUUUUCAUUUUUUUUGUGGCAUUCUUGGAGUUAGUUUAACAGAACAGUCAUUUUCACACCUCAGUUCAAAUCUGGUCUUGGCUGUGUUAUAUUUUGAGAAUAAAUUGAAAAAAACAACUAUGCUUUGUAGAUGAAACCUGAUGAUUAAAUGGUGCCCUGAGGCCAUGGUGUGUUUGUAGAGAUCUUUACAACCUCUUUGUCAGUAUCCUGUCUUGGACAGCAUUUAGGGGCAGUACCUUUGCCCUGAGAUUUGCUGUCAUGGGGAAAAGUGGAAGGAGGACAUGAGGCUGGGAAUUGCAGCAAGGGAAAAACACCUUAGAUUAGAUGCCUGAAUUUUGAUGUCAAAAGUUAAUUUCUACCUUUGAUCAUGAAUAAUGUAAAAAAUAUAUAACCACAGUAUUCAAGAGAUGUCUGCAUUUUGCAGAGUCUGAGUUAUAAAAUGCAUGCUGUAGCAGGACUAUGUUGCUAUAAAGUGAAAUCACAUCCCCUAGCUAUGGAGCUCUCUCAGUAUUACUCAACACUUACAAAGAGGAGAGCUUCUCUCUCCAACACUCCAGGACUGCUAGCACAAAUCAACUUUGAGAAUGGAGUCAUUUUACCACAAGUAUCUCCUGAAAAUACAGAUUAUAAAUGUCUAGGACCCUCUUUCAUGGCACACAAUGGUGUUUCUGAAGACUGCUUUGAAGUUGCCAUUUAACCUACAAAAGUCUGAAAUUCCAAGGAUUUUGUCAUACAGGCAUUUUCCCCUAAAAUACUAAGUGAAACAUUAGAAUUGAGCUAACCAAAUAAUAAUAAACAUAGGGCUUAAUAUUCCAGCAACAGACAGUCUGUACAAAAAUUAGCUGUUCCUCACACAAGUGAUCCCUUUCCUUUUGCAAUUACCACAGUAGCCUUCUUUACCACCUUCAGCUCACCAACAUCUCUUGUAAUGAAGAGCCCAGAACCC